AUGGGCAGUGAACGCUGGCAGCGUGACCGUUUCGAAGAUGACAGAUACUACAUGAGAGGUGGAAGAAGCCGAGAGCGUUCCGAGGAUCGCCAUGACCGCAGCCGGUACCGCGAAGACGACUUCGUGCGAGAUCGACGAUACUACGACGAUGAGCCCCGGUACGAACCGAGGAGAGAACCUGUCCGUCAUCCAGACUUCGGUCGUCGCAUCGUCAUGGAGAAGGAAAGAGACCGAGACUACUAUCGGGAUUCCUCCCCCCCUAGACCUUCUUUUCUCCGGCGUCAGUCGUCUCUAGAUACGUACGACCGACGACCGCUUCGCAAUAUUUUCGAUCAGCGUGAGGAAUACCCACCUCCUGCUAGACGAGAGGACAUAUUCAGGGACGACUAUCGAGCUGCACCAUACGCACCUAUUCCUCUCCCGAAAGCCAGAGGACUCCCCUCGCCCGGAAGGCGGGAUGAUCGAUAUUAUGAUUAUCGUCCGGAGUCGGACUUUUACCCAGAAGAUGAAUAUAGACCCAUGCCGGAGAGAUUAAGAGGGCGAGAAUUCAUCAGGGAGCGCGAAAGGCGAGACAGGAGUCGAGAAUCAAGGGGUACUCGAACCCACACCCACCGUAGCAGCUCGCGAUCCUCCAGCAGCUCAUCGAGCAGUGGUGGAGGAGCCACAAUUCGCAGCGAGUACCCAAAGAAGGGCAAAACGAAGAUUCCAGUCCGCCUGGUUUCCAAGCGAGCGCUCAUUGACCUCGGAUACCCUUAUGUCGAAGAGGAUAAUUCAAUCAUUGUUCAAAAGGCUCUAGGGCAAGAGAACAUCGACGAACUGUUGAAAUUGAGUGAAGACUAUAUGAAAGUAGAUCAAGAGGUCACCGCGGCCCGGUCUUCUGCUGGCGACUUGGUCGAGGAGCGAAUCGAGGAGCGGAAACAAAAGGUUAUUGAGGCACAUGUCGCAGCCCCUCCUCCUCCCCCCCCGAUGGUUGUUCCGGCACCACCUCCCGCUCCUGUCGUGGUGCCACCUCCUCCUGCUCCUGUUCCCGUUGCUGGCCCAGCGCCGGUUGUCGUGGAUGCAGCUCCUCGCAGUGCUACAGGGCACGUGGACAUUGUUGAUAAGACCGUCAUCAGAGAAGUAUCGCCAUCGCGAAGCUCCAGCAGCUGGGAAUCGAGCCACACCCAUCGCCACAAGCACCGUCACCAUCACCAUGACGAUGGUGCGCUUGUCGUCGUGCCGCGUUCUCGGUCCCGAUCUCGGACCCGCCGCGAUAUUCGCGCUGAGAUCAAGGCAUUAGAACGAGAGCUUGUUCACCGACCAAGGAGUGAGGUUGAACGCGAAGUGGUCCGAACGGAGAGACUACCAGACGGACAGCUUGUUGUUUACGAGGAGGAAGUUAAACGGACAGUGGCCCGCCCGAAACCUCCUCGGAUUGAGAAGGACAAGAAAGGACCACCGCCAGCUCUUGUCCGAGCCAUGUUGAGCACUCUGACCUGA